UCCUCGCAGCCUCUCUAAGAUUCAGUUGUUUUCACUUGACAUUUAGCCUUUAGUUUCUCUCCACCACAACAUGACUACUUACGGCACCAAUACGACGUCCUCUAACUCCGACCUAGCCCCCAAGCUAGAGUACAUUGCACGCGCCAACGACCACCACAAACGACACGCGCUCUCCACGCGCCGCCGUCCCUGGACCAUGAUGUUCGACGCCCGAUCCAUGUCCUUCCCGCGUAAAUUCGCCACGGCCGUCGCGAGAGUCAGAACCAACACAGUCUAUUUCCAAACCAAUUACGCCAUAGUCAUCCUCUUCGCCGUCUUUCUCAGCCUCCUGUGGGACCCAGUCUCUCUGAUCGUCCUACUUGCCCUCCUGGGCGCGUGGCUAUCACUCUACUUCCUCCGCGACGAGCCACUCAAAGUGUUCGACCGCGACAUCGACGACAGACUCGUGCUCAUUGCCAUGUCCGUAGUCACGCUCGCUGUCUUGUUCUUGACGGAGGCCAAGCUUAACGUUGCGGCUGCGAUCGCAGUCGGUGCGUUUGUGGUUGUGGCUCACGCGGCGGUUAGGAAGACAGAGGAUCUGUACUCGAACGACGAAGAGACCGCGUGUUUGGUCAAUCAGUCGGGCUAGUUCUAUAUGUUUGUUCUAUAACAUAAGUUAUGAGAGAGCCCCUAUUAUGGUCUCAAAAGAUAUCGUGGUCGGUCCAUAAUUUUGAAUAUUUCUUAUGGUCAUUCAUUUCACAUGUUAAUUUUUUUUUUUGUCAAGCAUGUUAAAAUUAUUACAGCUAUUUAUUACAUAAAAUAUGCAACUACCCAUUUGAUAUC